ACGGUGUAAGAAUAAUAUGGGCCGGUUCUUGCUAUCACAACCUACGUCGUUGUAGCCCAAACGCGACAACGUUUUGCCACAAGUCGAAAAAUUCUUGCAAACGGCACUUUCGAAAGGAACGGUAGAAGCAAGUUGUAUCGCCAUGGAUUGAGAUCGAGGAAGACGAAAAAUUCAGAUCGGAUCGAACAAGUUGAGAAAGAAGCGAAGAUGGGAAAGGAAAGUAGCAGCAGCAGCAGCAGCAACCCGGUUCAGGUGUUCCAGUGGCUGAACCGGAUGGUCUCAGAACCUUAUUAUCUCUUCCAUUUCUUAACUUUCUUCUCCUAUUUAAUCGUUCGCAGCUCCGCAACUCAAGUCCUAGCGCCUCAUGUCACCCACCAUCUUCUUCGUCGCGAAAUACAAACGCUGCUGGUUUUCGCUAUGUUGGCUCUCGUCAAGGGAGUAAAAGAAGAGACAUGGGAAGCCUUUAUAGCUGAUGCACUUUUCCUUGCCAAGAUUUGUCUUUUUCUCCUAGCCUUUACAAUGGAUCGACGCUUAGCCAUUUGGUAUAUUCUUGUAUUUUUAGUGAUACAUAUGUUAACUCAACAACCUCCAUUCGAAGGACUAGGUACAUCUAGCAAGCUAACACCAUUGCAGUUGGAAAGCCUUCUGACAGAGGGGACCACUACAAGAUUGUGGCUGGUGGAAUUUCGUGCUUCAUAUUCACCUGCUUGCAUUCGCUCAAGUCAGCAGUUUCCUGAGCUCUCAAUUACAUACUCAAGCAAAAAUUUAUCAUUUGGAAUAGUUGAUGUUGGUCUCUUUCCCAAUGCUGCUGAAAAAUUCGGAAUAUCGCUAAGUGGAAGCAUGGGCCAGCUUCCAACAUUUAUCUUAUUUGAGAAUGCAGCUGAAGUUGCCCGCUUUCCAGAGUUGGAUUUUGAAGCUACAUAUUUUCACCCUACGAUUACAAAGGGACUUCUUUCUCGACAUUUUGAGCUUGAUCGGUACCUUCUCGAAUAUAUUAAUGGUAAAUAGGUAAUUGCCUCGUAGUUCUAAACUUCUAAUACUCCUUUUUCUGGAUUGAGAUUUGUUUAGGAUGUAAUGGAGCAAGUUGUACGAAAUUUAGUCUCUUCACUCUAA